UCUGCUCUGUCUGUGUCCCCCUUGUCUCCUCCUCCUCCUCCUCCUGUCCUCCUCUUCCUCCUCCACCUCCUCCUCCUCCUCCUCCUCUCACCGACACACGCUCCUUCUCUUCCGGCCGACUUUAGAACCGCGCGCGCACACCGGCACCGUCUUGGUUCCGCAGCCGGCUCGCGGUGCAGGGAAGCCGGGCAGAGUUGACAGGAGGAGCCGGUGUCUGCUCUGGUUCUCUGAUGGAUUUUACAUAAAAGCAGGAGAGAAACACUGCUGAUGUUAAUUAACCUGCGGAGCUAAUCAGCAGCUUUAAGAUGAGUUUAGUAGCUUGUUAGUGAACGUCGAGGCUGUUUUUUGACCUCUAGCUGAGACAGUAUCGCCGCCUCUUAAAGUGCCUGUUUUUUAAUCCCAGUUUGGUUUAACUGCCUUUGAGCUAAAGGUGCUAAUUUGCGGAGCAGCAGCAGCUAACCGGCUCUAGACGCAGAGUGUAUCCGCUUCAGGAGGCUCCUAACUCGGAUCCGAAUGUUCGGUGCAGACGGUCGGACUCAGCUGCUCGGGUCCAGUUUGUUUCUCGGUGUUUAGUUUAGUUUCCACUCAGAUCAGCUGCUGUUGUGAAUGUAGUCUGACCUCACACACACACACACACACACACACACACUCACACACACACACACACACACAGGUCUGAGGUCAGUUUAAAUGUGGGUUAGAUUGAAGUCCUGAGCUUUAAAUGCUGUGAGUUUAAUCUCAGUUCUGGUUCUCUAGUGUUGAGUUCCGGUUUAUUUAAAGGUUUUUGAGGUAAAGUUGGUUUUAUUGUUUGGUUUAAAUGUGAUCUGAGUUUAGUUAGUUCGGUGUGUAACAGCUCAAAGUGUCCUUAUUGCUAUUUAUUGCAGGUUGAUUUAGAGGUUUUUGGUUUAAUGGGGUUGAAGUGUGUGUGAACCUGGUGUUAGAUGUUAGACCUGCUCGGCUCAUGAUGGCGGAGCUCCAGCAGACCCCCACCUCGCUGUGCUGCUGCCGUAAACCCCUCCCUGCCUCCGGGGGGCGCUGCGGGGGGGACUCGGGCAGGCCCUCGGCGGGCCCCGGGGCCCCGCGAUGCCCCCUGGUAGACGUGGCCUCGGCCUCUAACUUUCGGUGCUUCCAGCUGCGGCACCUCCACCUGGACCUGCGGCUCAACUUCGCAGUGAAGGAGAUGAGCGGUUGGCUGGUUCUGGACCUGGUGCCUGUCCAGCCGGGGGUCCAAACCCUGGUGCUGGACUCCCACCCGUCCCUGCUCAUACACUCUAUAGACUGUAAGGGCCCUGGGGCCCCGCAGGACGAGCCUCUGUCCCUCACGUACCGGGUCGACCCGUUCACUGACUACGGAUCCUCUCUGAACAUCAGCCUGCCGACCACGCUGAAGACCGGCAGACUGGUACACAUCACAGUCCGCUACACAACUACAGACGGACCCGCUAUCUGGUGGCUGGACUCAGAGCUGACCUGUGGACAGUCUCGUCCUCUCGUCUUUACUCAGGGUCACUCGGUGUGUAACCGUUCCUUCUUCCCGUGCUUCGACACGCCCGCCAUCAAGAGCACCUACACCGCCACGGUCCGGGUCCCAGAGGGAGUGACGGUGCUGAUGAGCGCCUCUCGCAGCUCGUACUCUAAGCAGGACCGAGUGUUCCAGUUCUCCAUGGAGUUCCCGGUCCCGUCCUACCUGGUGGCUCUAGUAGCUGGAGAGCUGCAGCACGUCGACGUCGGCCCGCGGAGCCGUGUGUGGGCCGAGCCGUGCCUGCUGGCAUGUGCGGUGAAGAAGCUGGGCGGCAGCGUGGAGCGCUGGCUGGCCGUGGCCGAGCAGCUGUUCGGAGCGUACCUGUGGGGCAGGUGCGACAUCGUGUUCCUGCCCCCCUCCUUCCCCAUCGUCGCCAUGGAGAACCCGUGCCUCACCUUCAUCAUCGCCUCCAUCCUGGAGAGCAGCGAGUUCCUCCUCAUCGACGUCAUCCACGAGAUCGCACACGGCUGGUUCGGGAACGCCGUCACCAACGCGACCUGGGAGGAGAUGUGGCUGAGCGAGGGGCUGGCGACCUACGCCCAGAGGAGGAUCACUACUGAGGCCUAUGGUGAGGCGUUCACCUGCCUGGAAACUGUCGUCAGAUUGGACGCUCUGCACAGACAGCUGCGUCUCCUAGGAGACAACAACCCUGUUAGCAAACUGCAGGUCAAGUUUGAGCCAGGUGUGAACCCCAGCACUCUGAUGAAUCUCUUCACCUAUGAGAAAGGUUUCUGCUUUGUGUCGUAUCUCUCUGAACUCUGUGGAGACGUGAGACGCUUCGACUGCUUCCUGAGGGACUACAUCUCAGAGUUUAAGUUUCAGAGCGUGGUAGCUCAGGAUCUCAUCGACUACUUCCUGAAUUAUUUCCCAGAGCUGAAGGACGCUGCCGUGGCAACCAGAGAAGGUCUGGAGUUUGAUCGCUGGCUCAGCGGUUGUGGUCCUCCGCUGUACGAGCCGGACCUGUCAGCAGGAGGCGCUCUGACCCGGCCCGUCCAGGACCUGUGUGACGUCUGGAGGGGCUCCGACCCCCCCGACCUGCAGCUGCUCUCCACCUAUCAGCUGACAGAGUGGAGCACCUUCCAGAUCGUCCUGUUCCUGGACCGCAUGCUGGACCGCUCCCCCCUCCCCCACGAGGUGAUGGUGAGUCUCUCGUCUUCGUACUCGUCUCUGUUUGACAGUCUGAACGCUGAGGUUCAGAUCCGCUGGCUGCAGCUCGUCGUCAGGAACAACUUCUACCCUGAUCUGCCCCGAGUCAGAGCCUUCCUCCAUAAACAUACGUCCAGGAUGUACACGGUGCCGCUGUACGAGGACCUGGUUGCCGGGGUGAUGAAGUGCGUUGCCUUGGAGAUCUUCUACCAGACGCAGCGGCGCCUGCAUCCCAACCUGAGACGGACGUUACAUCAGAUCCUCUUCCAGACCGCCGCCGCUCCGACCAAUCAGAACAGCCCUGCGCUCCCCCUCAUCCCCCCCUCCCCUUCUCCAUCACUGUCCCCGUCACCCGCCCCCACGGCAACCGCCUCCUCCACCGCCAACGCCGCCGCUGCUGCUACCGGGACGACCAACGGCAUCGCUCUGCGGGACGUCAACGUGUCCGCGUGAUGACGAAGGAUUCUCCAUCGGCACGCUGGCAAUGGAGGCCGUUGCCAUGGCGAUAGAGGCCGUUGCCGUUGCCGUUGCCGUGGCGAUGGCGGCGGCAGCCUUAUAACUACAGACGCUGAAAGUGUAAACACUGUGACAGGAAGUCUCACUCCGGAUCCUGAAGGUAGAGGAGGUCGAAGGUGCUUUUCUAUUGGUCGCUGAAUGUGUGACAUCAUCAGCAGCAGCAGCAGCUCUGACUCAGACGCCCGUUUCUGCCAAUGGAAGAAGAGCUAGAAACGUUAACUUCCUGUUUGAAUCAUUUCACAGUAAAACGUUCAAAUAUUUAAACUUUCACUUUAAAAUCUGAAGCUUGAACUUUAUUUAGUUGAUCAGCUGAUUGAUUAUUGAUUAUUAGUUUAUAGUUUGUGUUCAGUCAGAUCAUGUUUGGAUGAUUAUUAUUAUUAUUAUUAUUAUGAUCACAGAGCAGACUCUCCCUUUAAUUCACAGCUGCAGUUACAGCUCAAAACACAACCAAACAUCUGUGAGAUUAAUCAGCUGAUCAUUAAUAACGUUAUAAUGAUUAUAAAUGCCGUCGUUGAUGACGUCAUCACGCUGCGUUUUUUCUUCUGUGGUGGUUUAAUUAGUCUGUCAGCUGAUACUCAAACAACAGAAGAAGAAACUUUAAUUCAUGUUUUAUUUUAUUUUCACAGUUCUGUUAAAAUCUGAUUUCAUGUUUAAAAGUUGGCAGAAACGGGCCGUGUGUGUGUGUGUGUGUGUGUGUGUGUGUGUGUGUGUGUGUGUGUGUGUGUGUGUGUGUGUGUGUGUGUGUGUGUGUGUGUGUGUGUGUGUGUGUGUGUGUGUGUGUGUGUGUGUGUGUAACCGAUGCGUUCACUGUCCCGUUAAAGUGAGCCCCAGCAGAGAGACUCUCCCUCCCUGUGACAUCAUCACCAGCUGACCUCAGAGGCCUUAAUGCUGCGUUCGCUGCAGCUGGGAGAUUUCAGACUUCUCCUCUGACUGUUUGUUUUUUUACCUUCGAUCACCAGCAAUAAACAGACUGAGACACUUUAAAUGAUGAUUGUUAUAUUUUAAAUUAAAAGUUGAAAUUAUGUUGACGGGAACAAAAACAACAAACAUUUAUUUUAUUAAACACGCUGAUUGACUCUCUGCGGAUUUUCAAUCAAAUAAAUGUUUGUUGUUGUUGUUUGUGUCCGUCCUCCUCAGCUCUGGAACGCCCCACUGUCUCCAGCUGUUCCUGAACGCCUCUCCACAGAUCACUCAAAUAAACACUUGAACUUAAACGCAGAA